AUGCGCACAGCGCCGCCUGGCGGCAGCUCGGCCGCACUGGCGCACGCCAUCUCCAGCUGCUUGAGUGACUGGCUCGGCAGCGUCGCCCUCGCCCCACCCCGCCGGUGUGUGUGGUGUGUGUACAAGCUGUGGGCACGCACACAGGCGCAGCCGAUCCCUUAUCAGUUCGGUUUAACUAGCAAUGGCCCGAGAUCCUAUCGGCCCGGAGCUCGCGGUAACGUUGCAUUGAAAGAUAACGUCAGCGAUGCUAUCUCUGUUUGA